CAAACAUGGCCUGAGCCAGUCGACACACCUGGCAUCCUUCCACGCCAUCUGAUCAGAUCGGCAUCCUCACAUCUUCCCUUCCUUGAGAUCAUGCAUCGGUUGCUGUAUCGCGUAAGGCCAGACUCCCACAGCGAUCUGGACAAGGUCUUGGCAGCCAUAGCGCUCUACAGCGCUGCAGUUCCUGCAUACAAGUACCUGAAAGAGUUCUUUAAAUGGGCCUUUACCGUUCAGGUCUCCAUACCGGAAGAUGAUCCCGCUGCGAAGGAUGUCUUGGCUUGGAUGAGCGUUGAGGUCAUUCAGAAUCGGCAUAGCCGGAGCGCCAUGAUUGUCACCGAAAGCGGCUCGCAGCAUGACCCGAUGAACCAGUACGCCAAUCCAGUUCAUAGAUUCAAUGCACGCCAGAAGAAGAAAAGGGGGGUUGCAGACAACGAGGUGUCAUGCUCGCCUCCCAUCGGGUCGCGAAUCUUUUGGGUAGGCCUCCGGCCAUUCCUCUUCGAUCGUGUAGGGGGAUCAGGAGGCCAUACACAUCCUAGCUUCAGCGGCAACAAUCUCGAUGCAAGCGGCAGAUUGAGCAACGCCCUUACCAUCACCACGCUGGGCUGGAAUCUGGGGCCUCUCAAGGACUUCGUAACGCAAUGCCACCAAUGGAAAAAGGCAAACAUGGCAGGCACGACAACAGUCUACUUCGCUGGAGGUGGUGCCUAUGACUCCUACGGCGGUGGGGCAUGGCAAUCCAUCAACAAGCCUGUGAGGAAACUCGACACUAUCGACAUGGACGAAAGCGUCAAGCUGGAUCUGGUGCGCGAUGCGGAAUACUACUACAGCGAGCAGUCGAAACAAUUUUUUGCAGAUUGCGGUAUUCCAUACCGUCGCGGUUACCUUUUGCACGGCCCACCUGGUACUGGGAAAACAUCCUUCAGCGCCGCUCUUGCAGGCCACCUCGGCUGUGACAUCUACCACAUUAACCUAGCAUCCGGAGACGUCACCGAUGGCAAGCUCCAUAGUUUGUUUCUCGGCCUUCCGCAGAAAUGCGUCGUCGUCAUCGAAGACAUCGACUCAGCUGGUAUCGAACGCGAGUUCACAACGGAACAGAAACAGGCUGCGGCAGACGUCGAUUUGGCUGAUCAGAUGGUGCCUCCUCAGCACAGAAUGAGGACAAUGCAGAUGCAGGCACCAGCUGGGCAGAAGGGACGCAGCCUCAUCACUCUCAGUGGCCUCCUGAACGCCAUCGACGGAAACGCCUCGCAGGAAGGCCGUCUCCUCAUCCUUACCUCAAACAAGCCCGAUGCGCUGGACGACGCCCUCACGCGGCCAGGCCGGAUUGACAAGAAGGUAUACUUUGGCAAUAUGAGCAAAUCAGCAGGGAAGAGCAUCUUUAUGCGCCUCAUCGGCCGUUCCGCGCUCGCCCACGACGCCGUCUUCUCGAUGGCGUACAUUGAGCAGUGCGCGGCAGAAUUCGCAGAGAAGGUGCCUGCGCAUACCUUCACCCCUGCGCAGGUCCAGAACUUCCUGCAGGCAUGUCGCGGCAACCCCGACAAGGCACUCGCUGAGAUUGAAGACUGGGUCGCUGAGAACCGACCCGCG